AUGCUUGAACAGCGUGUAGCAUCGUGGCUCGCCUCACUUCCUGACGAAUACACCCCCUCCCCCUCCGAAGCCCUCUCCAAAACCCCGAAGCGAAAGGCAGCGCUGCCUAGUCCGCCUACUUCAGACUCAAUGGAGGGAACAACUCCCAAGCGCCGCCGUCUCAUCGAUCCGGAUCGUACGCCACGCGCUGCAAAUCUUCCUCCUCCUUCAUUAACUGGUUCAUCCGCUUCGUGGUCUGAAUCUGCGCCUCCGGUCAUAUCUAAUCUUCUUGAUACGAUUCAGGAAAUUGGAAGUAGGAUCGAGAUAUUGCCUGCCGAUAAGAAGAGUGCUAUUCUGGACAGUCCAUUUUUGAAAGAACAGAAUGCGCGCUUGUGGAGGUUUGCGUUCAAAGAGGGUGACGAUACGCUACCGGGACGAGUUCCUCUGCCGGAGGAAAUAGUUCAAAUAUGCAAUUAUGCGCGUCACUGUCAUGAUACGAACCAUGAAGAGGCAGCUUGGAAUAUGGAAGUGCAUCAUCGUCUUCUCCAAGCUAUCUUGAGAGAACCCGACGCUUCAACAGCCGCGUCUCUCAACUUUACUUCCUGCACCACUGCCCGCCCACAUCGCCGCUUCGUACCCUACUCCUCGACAGCCAAAAUGGUCGACUUCUGCCUCUACCUCAAUCCCACCGACGCCCCCGCCCUCCAAGCUCUCGGCCGUCAAACCCCAACCCUCACUGUAAACCACACCGACUUCGCGCCGCUACAAUUAUCCCCUAUAGUUCUGAGCAUCGAGACUAAGCGUCCCGGCAAAGAGCUCGACGCCGCGCAGCUCCAAAUGGGGGUAUGGCACGCAGCGCAGUGGUCUUUCCUCCGCUCCGUUAUUGGGCUUACACCACAGCCCUUGACAGCAGAGGAGGAAAUACAGCGGAAUCAGAAAGCAAACGAGGUUUUGGGACAAUUGGGGUAUAUACCGGGGAUUAUCGUGCAGGGUCAUCGCUGGCUCUUUGUGUUUUCGACGUUGGAGGGGGAUAAGACUGUUCUUUGGACGGAGAGGCAGUUUGGUACGACGCAGAGUAUUCUUGAUACAUAUGCCGUUGUCGCGGGGAUAAGGGAGUUGGCUAGAUGGGCGAGGGAUGUUUACGUGCCUUGGUUCAGGGCCAAUGUCCUUGCUGGGUUUCAGUCUACUGAGGUUGGAUGA